AUGGUCAGAUUCAUUCUUGACAAGAAGAUAGGUAUUGGACAGCCCAAACGCAUAGAAAAUGUAAAGAUUUUUGUGGCAAAUACUACUAUGGACACUAACAAAGUGAAGAUCUAUGUGGCCUGUGUUCGUGUUGUUUCAAUGUCCAAGGAUGUUGAAAUUGAAGGGCCUGACAAAGAAAAGAUGAUAGAAAAGUUGAUUUACAAUUUCCCGGAGGAGCUCUUUGCAGAUGCUGGAAUACUUGCAAUUCAACAUGCUGAUUCUGAUGGCAUUGAGCGCCUGGCUUUAGUAGCUGGGGGUGGAAUUGCGUCGACCUUUGACAAUCCAGAAUCUGUUAAGGUAGUGCUUAAUAGCGUUUUUAGUCAGCUAUUGAUAAUGAUAUUUGUUGUAGUGAUUGAGGCAGUGGAACAGGGUUUUAAUGUGAAGGCCAUGGAAGCUCUCUCGGAAGAUCUACUAACUCUGUAUAAUGUCUUCAGCAUGGAAGCAUCCUUAUAUGAUAUUGGAUCACCCGCAUCUGCACCGUUGAUGUCAGACGACACAAUUGAAAGCCCAUCCCAAGACACCAAUAUUGUAUUACCUUUGUCGCCUUAUACGGAAUCAUGUCCACGAAGCUGGUAUUGUUUUUAG